AUGACGGCCGCAGCCACGGCCAGCGGCGGGCAGAGACUCUCCAGCACCAAAGAGGAAAGGAAGUUAAGGAAACCUCUCAUUGAGCGGAAGCGAAGGGAAAGGAUUAACAACUGUUUAGAUCAGCUGAAGGAGACUGUUGUUGGUGCAUUUCAUCUGGAUUCUAAACUUGAGAAAGCAGACAUCCUCGAAAUGACAGUAAAGCAUCUUCAGAACAUCCAAAACAGCAAGCUCAUGGCUGACUCCAAAGUGGGCCUUGAAGCCCAGCAGAGAUACAGCACUGGAUAUAUUCAGUGCAUGCACGAGGUUCACAACCUUCUCCUCACCUGCGAGUGGAUGGACAAGACUCUUGGUGCACGAUUAUUAAACCACCUGCUGAAAUCCUUACCCAGGUCUGGUGAAGACACCUGCAAAAUAGCAUUAAGGUCUUCGAGCCCAUCUCAGCAGCCUGUCUUGACACCAAAAUCCCCACCGAGCCCUAAGGGGAACCCUCCCAGCAGAAACCCAUCUCAGGAGCACUUCUACCUUGUGGAGAACAAACAGGCACUGAAAAAUCCAUUCCAGCUGCCAUCACUGUCCGUUUUCAGCCAGGUAGAUGCUGUGCCUCCCAGACAGGUCCUGCAGCCAAAUUUUUCCCAUAACAACCCUAGUAUGGGGUCAUUAGAUAUGUGGAGACCAUGGUAA